CUCAGAUUCACUGCAGCGCUCAACUCCGAUAGAAUCAAUUAAGCGAUAUUUGUGGCAUUGAGUCAUUCACAUUCCGAAGCAUUGUCGUUGAACAAUUGAAUUGCGCACAAUUCACCUUUUUGAUUCUAGUUGAAAUCGUUCUAGCGGAAUAAAAAUGUCGUGGUAUUACACUCCCAAACCGACCGUGGUCCCGGUGGACGGUUUUGACGCGUCGGCAGAUGCCAAUGCCUUGCGGGCCGCCAUGAAGGGUUUUGGAACCGAUGAACAGGCCAUAAUGGAUGUUUUGUGCGCCCGUAGCAGCCAGCAGCGGCAGCAGAUUCUGGAACAGUACUCCAGCGAACUUGGACGAGAUCUGAUUGAGGAUCUCAAAUCGGAACUGGGCGGAAAAUUCGAGGAUGUUAUCGUAGCUCUUAUGGUGCCAGCGGAAAAAUACCUUUGCAAGCAGCUGCACAAAGCCAUGGACGGCAUGGGAACGAAUGAGGAUGCACUGAUCGAGAUCUUGUGCCCCCAAACGAACGAGGAGGUUAAGAAAAUUGUCGACUGUUACGAGGAGAUGUACAAUCGACCUUUGGCCGAGCAUUUGUGCAGCGAAACCGACGGAAGCUUCCGUCGACUGUUGACUAUGAUUAUAGUUGGUGCUCGCGAUCCCCAGGGAACGGUUGAUGAGGAGCUGGCCAAGGAACAGGCCAACCAACUGUACAAUGCCGGCGAAGGCAAGCUCGGAACCGAUGAAGAAGUAUUUUACAAAAUCUUGGCUCAUGCCAGUUUCGAUCAGUUGGAGAUUUUAUUCGAAGAGUACAAGAAGCUCUCUGGAAGAACCAUUGAACAAGCAUUGAAGGACGAACUUAGUGGAGAAUUAUUGGAUGCUCUGAGCGCUAUUGUGGAAUGCGUUCAAAUGGCUCCGCAUUACUUCGCAAAGAGACUGCACAAAGCAAUGGACGGCGCUGGUACGGAUGAUGCCAGCUUGAUUCGGAUUAUUGUUUCCAGGUCGGAAAUCGACUUGCAGAACAUCAAGGAUGAAUACGAACAACUGUAUAACAAAACGUUGGUCAGUGCCGUUAGGGGCGAAUGUUCUGGUGACUACAAGCGUGCUUUGUGUGCUCUUGUUGGCGACGCCUAAUUGGACCCCGCACAUAUAAAGGAAAUACGUGGCCGCAUAGAAUUAAGCUUUCAUUGUGUCGAAACUAUAAUGAAGAAAAAUUAUUACAAUGUGUUAACAAUUUAAGAUGUGUAGUAACCUAAACUAAAGGCAUUUAUUUCAUGACAGUGAAUCAAGGACCUUGAAAAAACGAAGCCUAUAUGUUUAUAAGCUGUUUCUAAUGAGUUCGAUUAUGAGAUUGGUCCGGGUAUAGGGAUGAAUCAUCCCAGAGGAUGAAAACCCCGUAGAAAAAAAAAAUUGGUCCGGGUACACAGGUUUAUCGAUCAAAUUUCAAAGUAUUAUGGUAUUAUGUUAGUACGAGUAAUGGUUGUACGGUGUAUUGGAAUGUUGAUAAAGGAAGUCCUUAUCCUCUUUUCUGCACAACAUUCAAUUUAAGAAUAUGAAACAAUUUAAAAUGAAACCUUAUUUAUUAUUAUCACGCAAGUGCAGUUUACAAUACGCAUGAAGGCCUUGAAAUCAAAGAUUUGAAUCUCAUACUAUUUACUUUUCAAAACCGUUCAAAAAAUGAUGUACCGCAAUAAAAUAGCUUUUAGUAAGCACAACAAA